CAAGCCCCAUAGGUGGGGUGCCAAACCCAACUCCCAACACAAGUGUUCUCUUCUUCACAAACACUGUCAUUUCCAGCUCCAGAGAAACACAGACAGACAACGAUGAAGAUCAUGGUGGCCAUAAAGCGCGUGGUCGAUUACGCCGUCAAAAUCAGAGUCAAACCCGACAAGACAGGGGUGGUCACCCAGAACGUGAAAAUGUCGAUGAACCCAUUCUGUGAGAUUGCUCUUGAAGAAGCUCUUAGGAUCAGGGAAUCUGGGUUGGCUUCUGAGGUUGUGGCUGUCAGCAUGGGACCUGCUCAGAGUGUGGAUACUCUCAGAACUGGUCUUGCUAUGGGAGCUGAUAGAGGAAUCCAUGUUGAGGCUAAUGGUUCACUGUAUCCCCUUUCUGUUGCUAAGAUUUUGAAGAAGCUUGUGGAGAUUGAGAAGCCUGGGCUUUUGAUUCUUGGCAAACAGGCCAUUGAUGAUGACUGCAAUCAAACAGGGCAGAUGACAGCUGGACUGCUCAACUGGCCUCAAGGGACUUUUGCUUCAAAGGUUGUCCUUGAUAAAGAGAAACAGGUAGCCACAGUGGACAGAGAGGUUGAUGAUGGUAUUGAGACUGUGAGUUUGAACUUACCAGCGGUAAUAACCACUGACCUGAGACUGAACCAGCCAAGGUAUGCUACUCUUCCCAACAUAAUGAAAGCAAAGUCGAAGCCCAUAAAGAAAUAUACUCCGGAGGAGUUGAAUGUGGAAAUCAAGUCCGAUUUGGAGAUUGUUCAAGUCACAGAACCUCCCAAGAGAAAGGCAGGGGUUGUUCUUUCUUCUGUGGAUGAGCUCAUUGACAAGCUAAAACAUGAAGCUAGAGUCAUAUGAUUAUUCUGUACUUAGUUCUAAAUGGAUUACUUCUCACCAAAGGAUGAAGAACAUUGCACCAAGAUAUUGAUAUAUGAUCAAAUAACAUAAUAAAUUAAAUACUGUACCUUUAA